AUGGAGCCGCCAACGCAAGCCGAAAAGAAAGUCAUUGCGGACAGAUUCCUCAGUGACGACGCUGCGGAGGAACCGGGGAGCUACUACUCGAUGCUAUUCAAAGGAUCGUCCGGCGAUUGUGUGGUCAAUGUUGCGAAGCCGGCGUAUUCGAGUCACGGAGAGGUGGUCUCAUUCUUCGACAGCCUGACCCGCGAUGCGUCGCAAAGUAAGGCAAAUUUCAGUGGCCUUUUUGCCGCGGAUGUUAGUACCGAGGCGCGGGAGCACGCAGUACGAGUCUUGCUACAGGCAUCAAUAAUGAUUGAUUGUGCCUCUAAGCAAUACUUGCCAGAAGGUCGCAAGGUGGGCGACUUCGUUCCUCGAUGUUGGGGAGAGCAGCAACCUUUCGCCAAAUUCGUCAAGCGCUGCUUCCCCCCACCUGUCCAGAGCCGGAAAGUCCGCCAAGAGAGCCAGAGCGCCCUGGCACAGCGACGCAGGCUGAAAGCUUGGAAAUUGAAGGAACGGUACAGAGUGAGGCUGCGACCGACCGACAACCUGGCCGAACACCUCGUAUAUGAUUCAGGACGUGGCAUCCUUCACGUGUUUCGUCAGGUUGGUUUCCUGAAAGCGCACCUCUACCGCUCGCGUGACGAGGACGUUGACAUGGGGUUUCGAGAAAGUCUAGAGAAGUAA